GUACUACAGAUUGUGUGCGUUUAAAUCAAAUUGGACCUGACUGGGCAUUUUACAAUGCUCUGACUCAAAUGUUUUUCAGGUGUCCUAGUCCUAGCUUUCCAUUCCCACUGGAAUUGCCCAACGAAGAGUGGAGCUUUGUUAUGCAACCAAUGAAUUCGUUCUGGACCCAGACUGCCCAUUCCAACUUCUAUGAAAGGGGUCAAAAUAUAAAUGUACAGGUGAUGGCAAAAUCAGGUCUCCAACAGCAGCCCUUCCUUCAGGCCUGCUUUGUGUCUCCAUCCCCCGACCCCCACUUCAAACCUCGGCAGGCCGUCGUGAUAAAUAAAGGGUGUGCUUCAGUUUCAUCUGACUCGUCUCCUGCACUGGUGGAAUACGCUGCUCCGACAAGCGCGGGUGCCAUUAAUCUGGUCCUGCACACAUCUACUCUGCGUUCAGAGGUGUACAUGCACUGUAGUGUGCUGAUGUCUGCCUUCGGCAUCACCCCGGGGUCCAAGUCAUGCAACUACAACAAGAUGGAGUCCAGAUGGGAGGAGCUGAGUGGAGACCUGGAAGUAUGCCGCUGCUGUAGCUCACGGUGUCAAGCAGUUAAACAUUUUAACAUCGCUACAAAGGCUAUAGUCACUACUGGUCCUUUCUACUUCUUGGGGAAGGAAAUGGCGGAGGUACCUCUGACAUCGCUGGACCAUCUUGGUGACUCCUACCUGAGCUCAGGUGCUGAGGUCAUGCAGUCUGACUCUGCUUUCGCUGUGGUGACUGAAUACCAGGCCCCCUCAGCCCCCAGUUUGCAGGACAGCAGAGUGCAGUCUGAAGUGAACGAGAUCGCAGAAACCCCCAUGGAUCCUCCCCUAGGUGAGCCUCAGGGUAUGGUGGUCCAGAGCCUGGGCCCAGUGGCCAGGCUAACCAUGUGGCUACCGAGGGGGUUGAGAACCACCCAGCCAUUACCUGAGCCGGAGAGGACCCCUUCCAUGGCAAACGCAUCAGAGGCCCCAGACUCUGGACUAAAUGAGAUCCAAAUCAACCCUCGUGCGACGGGCGAGGACCUUCUGUUGCUUCCUGGCUCUGACAAGAGCGAUGGUAAAGAUGCAUCAAGUGAUGCUGAUAUGGGAACCCCAGCAAUGGUCGACGGCUAUCCGAUUCCUGAAGCCUCGGAGAAGACCUCUCUCCUGGAGGAAUCCACGAGGAAACAGUGGGGCAGGAGGCCCAUGGCGACGGGGGACUUAAAGGGCCUGGUGACUGUGAACAACCUGAGUGAGGAGAAGCGACCUGAGAAGCGCUCCAACCGACGCAGGGAUCAGAGGGACGCGAGCAGCUCUUCUCCUGUAAUCCGCUCUCGAGUACAGUUUACAAAAAGCGUGGACGGGUCUCAGACGCUGAGCUACGAGGAGGACGUCAUCAAGCAGAAGGAAAAGCCCAAGAUGCGAAGCUUGGGGAAGGAUGACGUUGUCAAAGAGACUCAAAAGACGGGCCAGAGGGCGCUCUAUACCUUCCUCGAAUUGUUGAAGAACAUCAGAGCGGAGUAAUUCUACAGAAGCUUCAGCUGUCUUAUCUACAUAGGCCUUUAUUAAAAUAAACAUUGCCUGACUCCA